ACUCAAAUUGAAUUAUCAAUCAUGAAUUUAAUUCCAAUUUGUGGAUUGAUUUUGUCAGUGAUAUGUUUUGGAAGUGAAGCUACCGACUUAAAUUUUUACGACUAUUAUGGUACAUCAGCUACUGCGGAUCCGUUUUUCCCCUAUGGCGGUCCUGCAAUAGCGUCCGCUAGUUUUCCUUAUGGGGAUCUCUACGCUACUGCCACUACUCUUGCAGAACUUACUAACCCUACAGAACCUACUAACCCUACAGAACCUACUAACCCUACAGAACCUACUAACCCUACAAAAUCUAUUAACCCUACAGAACCUACUACCACCACAGAAGCUACUACCACACCAAAACCUACUAUCACCACACAACCUAGUACCACUCCAGAACCUACUGCCACCACAGAACCUUCUACCACCAGAAAAGCUACUACCACCCCAGAACCUACUAUCACCACACAAUCUAGUACCACUCCAGAACCUACUGCCACCACAGAACCUUCUACCACCAGAAAAGCUACUACCACCCCAGAACCUACUAUCACCACACAAUCUAGUACCACUCCAGAACCUACUGCCACCACAGAACCUUCUACCACCAGAAAAGCUACUACCACCCCAGAACCUACUAUCACCACACAAUCUAGUACCACUCCAGAACCUACUGCCACCACAGAACCCUCUACCACCAGAAAAGCUAUUACCACCCCAGAACCUACCACAACUCCAAGUAUUGUGACAUCUGCUUCUACAGAACCUCACACAGAACAAGCGUCCACAGGAUCAACUACUAAAGUACAAACUUCCACAAAACAAACUCCGGCAGAACAAACUACCCAAGAACAUAUUCCCACAACUGGCAAACAAAAAACUUCGACAGAACAAACUACUCAAGAAAAUGUUUCCAAAACUCCUAAACCACAAACUUCCACAGAACAAACUACCCAAGAACAUAUGUCCACAACUCGAAAAGAACAAGCUACCACAGGCGCACCUACGGUGAAUCCCACAACUUCUUUAAGCAAACCCUCAGACGGAAGUGAUAACAAAAAUACUACUUCCACACUUCCUCAAGGUUACGUAUCAUUUGGCAACGGCUUGUAUAAAUUCCACAGCAAUGCAACAAUAUGGCCAGAAGCACGAGACAUUUGUGAAAAAGAAGGUGGUUAUUUAGCAAUUAUUAAUUCCCAUGAAGAAGAAACUUUCAUCGCAGGUCUAUACAGCGACAAAAAAGUAUUUGGGGCAUUCCGACCCAAUGUAAUAUUUGUUGGAUAUCAUGACUUUUUCAGACCAGGACAAUGGCUUACAAUUGAUGGUAAAUCUGUGAGCAAAUUGAGUUACAUGCAUUGGGCACCCGGGCAGCCAGACAACACCCUGCCCUAUGAAAAUUGCGCAGCAUUAGCUAUAGGGGAUGCCAACACUGAAGGUUUAGAUGAUUAUGUGUGCCAGUUUAAUGAACCUUUUAUAUGUGAAAUAUCAAACAGUCAGGAAUAUCCUGAAAGCGGUAACCAAAUUAAUACUAAUCCAGGCGGCAAUGCAAAUAAUACCAAUUCCAACAAAACCAAUCCAGGCGGCAAUUCAAAUAAAAACAAUUCCAACAAUACUAAUCCAGACGAGAAUUCCAAUGGAAAUCCAACAAAUAACACCACUUCCAAUACUACUAAUCCAGACGAGAAUUCCAAUGGAAAUCCAACAAAUGAUACCAAUUCCAAUACUACUAAUCCAGACGAGAAUUCCAAUGGAAAUCCAACAAAUGAUACCAAUUCCAAUACUACUAAUCCAGACGAGAAUUCCAAUGGAAAUCCAACAAAUAACACCACUUCCAAUACUACUAAUCCAGACGAGAAUUCCAAUGGAAAUCCAACAAAUGAUACCAAUUCCAAUACUACUAAUCCAGACGAGAAUUCCAAUGGAAAUCCAACAAAUAACACCACUUCCAAUACUACUAAUCCAGACGAGAAUUCCAAUGGAAAUCCAACAAAUGAUACCAAUUCCAAUACUACUAAUCCAGACGAGAAUUCCAAUGGAAAUCCAACAAAUGAUACCAAUUCCAAUGUCACUAAUCCAGGCGACAAUUCAAAUAAUACCAAUUCCAAUCAUAUUCCUAAAGGCUACGCUUCCUUCGGAGAAAAGUUGUAUAAAUUCCACAGCAAUGCUACAAUAUGGUCAGAUGCACGAGACAUUUGCGAAAACGAAGGUGGUUAUUUAGCAAUUAUUAAUUCCCAUGAAGAAGAAGCUUUUAUUGCUAGUUUAUACAAUGAUAAAGCUGUAUUUGGGGCAUUCCAUCCUAAUGUUAUUUUUGUUGGAUAUCAUGACUUUUUCAGACCAGGACAGUGGCUUACAAUUGACGGUCAAUCGGCUAAAAAAAUUGGAUACAUGCAUUGGGCACCAGGCCAACCUGAUAACAGUUUACCCUAUGAAAACUGUGCAGCAUUAUCUAUAGGCGAAGUCGUUGGUUUAGAUGAUUACGUUUGCCAAUAUAACGAGCCUUUUGUAUGUGAAAUGUCAAACGGUAACGAAGUUUCGAACAAAACUGAAAAUAAUGGAAAUUCUAAACCUACAACAGAAGGAACCACAGUUGAAAACACUACUCCCACAGUACCGAAUACUCCCGAAAAUCAGACAACAAAUACCACAGGAAAACACACAACUCCCACAGAGUCGACUACAAACCCCACCAAAAAUCCAACUACACCUACAAUUCCGACCACAACUGAUGUGCCAAUCGAGAAGACUCAUCAAGAUUACAUAAGCCAUAACGGUAGCUUAUAUAAAUUUCACAACAAUGCAACGACAUGGGUAAAAGCACGACGCGUUUGUGAGAGUGAAGGAGCGCAUUUAACAAUAAUUAAUUCCGUGGAAGAAGAAUCAUUUAUCGCCAACUUAUACGGAAAUGUAAUUGGUGCCACCUUAGACGAUUAUAUCUUUGUUGGGUAUCAUGACUUUUUCAAACUUGGCGAAUGGGUUACAAUUGAUGGAAGAGACACAAGCUACUCAGAAUACACUCAUUGGGGAAUAGGUCAACCUGAUAAUGAACCCUAUGAACAAUGUGGAGCCCUCUUUGUAGAACCUAGCAGUAUUGGUUUGUACAAUUUUGUAUGUCAUUUUGAUGAACCAUUUGUGUGUGAAUCUGAAAUCGACACAAAAUGUUAAAUCUUGCACAGUUCAACAACACAUUUCCAUGUAAAACUUAAGAAGAAAAUGAAGAAUGUGUAACUUUAAAUUUUUGUCUGAAAUUUGUUAUUUGAAAAAUAAAAAUUUUUGCCUAGGUACGAUUAAGAUUUAAUAUAAAUGAGAAGGCGGACC